ACGGGUCCGUCCCUUUGUGCGCGUCGUGUCACCUUCUGUAGUCGUCGCUGCGGCCACGCCGUUGGAGCAGAAGGAGGCGCGGGAACCACCGAGGAGCAGGAAGGGGAAGAGGAGGAGGAGGGGGAAGCAGCCUGGAGAACGUCGCCCGCCCGCGCCGCCGCCGCCGCCUCAUGCCGCGGCGCCGUCCUGCCGCCGGCCCGGGGACCUGCAUGGCCGGGCAUGGGGAGCGCUGCGCCCUCCCGCGCCGCCAGCGUUGAGCCGCCGCUCGCCGCCCUCCGGCUGCUGCUCUCCGCGCUGGGACUGCUGCUGCUGCUGGGCGCAGGUGACUGUCAACUGCACACAUCUUGUGGAAUCCAGAAGUGCACCACUGAUUUUGUAUCCUUCACUUCACAUCUGAACACGGCUCUUGAGGACUUUGAUUUGGAGUUCUGCAAGGCCCUGCGGGCAUACUCUGUGUGUACCUAUCGCAAUUCCAAAGUAUGCCGUGGAAACCUAGUCUAUCAUUCUGCAGUGCUUGGGAUCGGUGACCUAAUGACCCAGAGAAACUGUACCAAAGAUGGACCCACAUCCUCCACCAACCCUGAAAUGACCUAUGAUCCUUGCAAUUACAGUGGCCACACAGAAGUGAGAGAACAUCAGGGAGGAGACAAGACUCCUCCUCCCACUUACCUGUUUUGUGGCUUGUUUGGGGAUCCUCAUCUGAGGACUUUUAAGGAUAACUUCCAGACAUGCAAAGUGGAAGGUUCUUGGCCCCUUAUAGACAAUAACUACUUAUCAGUGCAAGUGACCAAUGUGCCUGUGGUCCCAGGAUCCAGCGCUACUGCUACGAAUAAGAUAACUAUUAUCUUCAAAUCAUACCAAGACUGUACAGAUCAGAAAGUAUAUCAAGCAGUGACUGAUGACUUGCCUGCAGCUUUUGUUGAUGGUACAACAAGUGGAGGAGAUGGGAACACCAGGAACUUGCACAUCGUGGAGAAAGUCAGUGGCAAAUACAUCGAGAUGCAUGCUAGGUACAUCGGGACCACGGUGUAUAUCCGCCAGCUUGGGCACUACCUGACCCUGGCCAUUCGCAUGCCCCAGGAGUUGGUCAUGGCCUACGAGGAAAGCCAGGAUCUGCAGCUGUGCGUGAAUGGCUGCCCUUCCAGUGAACGUAUUGAUCAGAGUGGCAACUUGCCAUUGCCUGUGGUGGGAAAGAUGCUUCCUUGGGGUGCUGCGGCUCAUCCCCUAUCAGGGUACACACUGGAAACAGCUACCACCAAAUGCCAUGAGAAGAUGCUUGUGAAGGAUAUCUAUUUUUACUCGUGUGUAUUUGAUCUACUCACCACUGGCGAUGCCAACUUCACAGCUGCUGCUCACAGUGCCUUGCAAGAUGUGGAGGCACUGCACCCCAGCAAAGAGCACUGGCAUAUCUUUCCCAGGAGUGGAGGCCCUCCAGUUGUCUGUGUUAUAGAAGGCUACAGAUUUUUUCAUGCUUGGAAACCCCGCAAUGUAGUCAGUCUUUGCAAAAUGUUUUAGAUAUAUAUACCAGUAAGUAUAUGUGUGUAUGUAAAAGAGUGGCUGUGCAGUGUGUAAAUAUUUAAAAUUAUUAUAAUAGAAGAAUUGUUGCCCCCCAUGCUGAGGAACGUCAGUAAGGUGGUGUAAGUGACCCCUGGUGGGGUGCACAGAAAUUGGGGAUGUAGACCACGUACUGGGCAGGUAAUCUAUAAAUAAAGUCUCAGUUUGUCUCCCAGCCAAAUAGGAUAGAUAGGAUAUUGGAUAGGAAUGUGCUGAAUACAAUUGUUAUACUUCUUGCAGAUGCUUGUUUCCCUCUGCUAAAUAAGAUGUGUAAAUUUAUGACCAGCAGCAGCAAACCACGCCAGUUUAUUGAAAAGACAGUGUGAAGGAAGCUAAGAUCAGGAACCAUUACCUCAGGAUCGAAUUGUACAGUUCCUUUGUAGUGUUGCAGAGAUACUUACAAGAACACAGUGAUUUGUGUUACUGCUGCAUCCCUCCUGAGAGGCAUUGUAAAAAUCCUCUUUUCAAGUUAUUGGAGAACUCUCAGACCAGAAGAACCCUGCAACAGAAAAUUAUUUUCUGUAAAACUGAAGAAGAGAUGGUGAAAUUUGAAUAAAUUAUACAGAAGAGUCCAUAAGAUUACAGAACUUAGUGUAACAAGGUGAUUUGCUAAGUAUACAUGGAGUAUUUCAGCUGCAAGGCUAAUCACACAGUGUGAAGGUAAAUUGAAAGUGCCAAAACUUAAAAGAAGUUAUGUCAGAUACAUACCAAGAAAUACAGACCUGUUAAACCUAAUCACAACUCUGAAUGUUGCUUUGCUAAGCUUGUAUUACAGCUAGAAGUUGAGGUGUGUGAGAAAUAAUCUUAUCCGGUAGAUAUAUUGUGAAAAAAGUCAUGGAAAUCGCUGUAGAAGGCAAAAGGAGCUUUAAAUGUGUAUGUGUUUACUGUACACAGAAGGCCGCUGUCAUACAUGUAGGAGCUUACUCUCAGAGGUGUCAGUCUAACACCACAAGCUCUGCAGAAGGCUAUGUAAUGUGAUCAUCUGUAUUUUAAUGCAACAACCAGUCAGCCAUUACUGAUGCUGUCUGUUGUUGGCCUUUGUCUUAGGCUAGCCUUGGAUAUUAGUGGCUUUCUCAAAAGGGUUUUUAAAGUAUCUUCUAGAGCAUUCCUAACCAUAUGCUAACAGAGCUUCUAACAACAGAUGAUGAUAGUUCUCUGUAGUUGUGGAGUCUGACAACUUCGUUAGUAAGCAUGUUGCAGGAAUGGCAGAGACUGUAUGUCUAAUCCCUUAUUUUGUGUGUGUAUUUUGUAUAAUAUCCUAAACAAGGAUAUUAUAAAAAGAAAUAGUAGGCUCAAUUGCCUGUCAAACCAAAGAUUCUUUUUUUCUUCCCGAAAAACCUGUCUGGAAGAAAAAUCUGCAUAGAACAUCUGUUAAGUGGAACACAGCCUGAGAGAACAACCUUUUGUUCUUACGGUCAAGUUACAGACCUUCAGUAUUGCAUUUCCUUUCAGACUGCUGCUGUACUGCCAGAAAAUCGAUCACCAGUUAUUUACAUUCUCUUACUUUAGCAUUAUGGCUACCUUGCAUUUGUUUGAUGAGUUUUGAGGCUGUGCAAGUGGUUGUUUACUUACAUACCCUCCAAAGUGAAGCAAGCAAUGUUGCAAGCUUUGUACUGCCUAAUGACAGUUUCAUUAGUGGACAUGUUUUGAAAAAAAGCCCAGGAGUCUCAUGGCUGUCUUCUCUUCUGAGAGGAGACACACAGCAGUUUAAAAUCUUGCAUUCAUUUUCUUCUGUAAGUGCAGCUAUGGUGUUUUACACUGAAAUUUUCAUUCUUUGGUUAUUUAAUGCCCAUCUAUGUCUUGACUGAUACAAAUUCUUUUCUGUCUUUCCCUGUUCCAGCUAUUCAAGACUGCUAUCUAUACAAUGUCCAAACCGGACUAGUAAUGAUUCCUUUUUUUUAGCAAGUAUUCUGUGUUUUUUACAAGAUAAGCAUUCUCUGUAUUGUGCUGCUACUUCUCUUCAACUGUAUUCAAAACAAACAAGGAUUGUGGGGAUCAGUUUUGUCUGUUAGAUUUUAUCAUUCUCAUUAAUUACCUUGUUACGGAGAGCAACAUAGCCACAGAUCAGUUACAAGUAUGCAGCUAAAUUUAUGAUACUGAUGUAAAACAAUUGCAUCUGAUCUGAUUCAGGAUUCUUUGUUUGUAAACUAAACUUUGUUGACAUUAAAAGCUGCUGUUAGUAAAUUAA